AUACGGUCACACUAUUCCCGACUCGCAUUUGUUUUGAAAUAUUUUAUUUUGUUUUUCCGGCCAAAAUGUUCAAAAAACUGAAGCCAGGCGAAAGCGAGGACGAUGUCCUGCGAAUGGCAGCUGAGUUUAAUGCGGAGAAAGCGAAAAAUCCCGACUUCCAGCCUGCUGCGGCCUUUGUGCGAAUGGAUAGGCCCACUAAGGUGUCACUGUUUGCCCAGAGACGCGAGCAGGCGAAACUGGGUCGUAUUACCUCCGUUCCAGAAAAAAAAGAAGAACUUUCUCCGGCAGCUGAAGAACUUCCAAAGAUGUCAACAAGUGCCUCCAAAGAGAGUAGAACACAUGUCAACCAAGUUCUGCUUGAUGAAAUUCAGGAAAACAUUCUGGGCGAUGUGAAGGGAACUAAAAUAUAUCUAAGUUCCCUAGGCCAUGUAUUAGGUGAAAUUGUAGAAAGAAAUGAAGAAUCCAUACGGCCUGUCUUUCAGCCAAUCAGACAGGUCAACACCAACAAACCCUUGAGCAUUUUUGCCAAACAACUUUUGGGAUCACGUCCACAGAAUCCUGAAACAUCGAAAAUCCAGUCGGAUUCACCAAUAAAUGAUACAAGUUCUAUAGUAAAAGAUGCUAAACUGGGCAAAGAACUGCACAAGGAAAACCUUAAUGUCCUAAGCCAAAUGAGCGAAAAGGAUAUUUUGGCAGAGAAGGAACGGUUGAUGGCUUCUUUGGAUCCCUCACUGAUUGCUUUGCUGUCCAAGAAACGUCAAGCCAGUCAAAAACCUGUGGCAAAAACAGCUUCUCCCAGGAUAAUUGAGGCACCACCACAGCCACCUAAAACCAUACAGUCUUCAGAAGUCCCUAGUCCAGAGAUUUCCUCUCUAUCACAUUCGAAUCCAGCUCUAGAGCUUUUGCAACAGAGUGAUGCAGGCAAUUGGGUUAAUUUCAAUCUCGUGGAGGAACACAAGCUGGCGUGGAUGCGGGACAUUCCAACCAAGGUAAGCGAAUUGAAGCCAGGACAGCAGUUCAAUGCCCGCUUCGAUUGGAAGGGUGUACUCUUGCCCCACACGCUUAAGGAUCAGGAUAUUUCAAAGCCAUUGGAUGAACGAGAGCUGUAUCUACAUGGCGAGGAGGCAGAACGUCCGGGCUAUGCACUUCAAGAGCUGUUUCGACUGGCUAGAUCCACUGUCUUACAACAAAGAAUAUCCGCCUUUGGAGCCAUAGCUGGGAUCUUUAGCAUAUAUAACCAGGGUUUCUACGAUCAGGUGCUGUCCCUGCCAAUAUCGAAAAUAUUCUUCCUACUGCGCUAUGGUCUUGAUGACAAUGCCCCCGCACAACUUGAAGUUGUAAGCAGAGCUCUAGCCAACCUCUUCUACAACGAUACGGACGAAGUGCUCCUUGAUCAUAUUCAGGAUAACGCGUACUGUCAUUGGCAGCCAACGCUGCAGGUUUUGGGAAAUGGCAGCGAUGACAAAGAAGGAAAUACAGAUACCAAUUCUAUAGCUUUUCUACAACGCACCAUGAAACUACUGACCACCAGUCAAUCUGUGCGCGCGGAAGUAGAGGAAGAUGAGUCGGAGAGUCGCAUGUCCAUGGAUGACUUUCAACUGGCGGAGACUGACUUAAUGGACUGCCUGCUCAGAACAAAUAUAGUGCAAAGGAUCAGAUUCAUCUUGGUUUCAGUGAAACCAGACAAUAGCACAGUAGAGUCCUGCCUGAAAUUGCUUAUAAGGAUCGCUCGCACAAGUCUCAAAGUGGCUCGGCAGUUGGCAAACGAAAGCCAUCUUAUAGAUAUACUUUUCACCCAUUUUCUACCCUCUUCGAAUGGAAAUAGUCAGUUUUAUGGCCAGCCCCAAGUUCUUUUUCUAAAACUGAUUCGAGUGUUGAUUUGCCAACACUUGGAUAUAGCCAAGAGUCUCUCUAAAAGAGUCCUAAUUGUUCGGCUGCAACAAUACUUGUUCCUUCAAGAUAAUAAGGUCCAGAUGGUGCGCGUUCAGAUCGAGGCACUGCGCAUCCUGCGCUGUCUGCUGCUCUUGGGAAUCGUGGAUCGGGAUGUGUUCAGGCAGUUCCAGCCCGCCCUUCGUCAGCUAUUGGACUGGCAUGGCAAUCAUUGUACUUUUGAGCAAGUGGGCGGAUCGCGGCUGGUGCGCCAACACGCAUCCGCCCUGUUGGUCGCACUGGUGGCAAGUGGCGAGAGCGGAGCAUGCGACGUCGAGGGUCAGAAGCUGCUUCUGGAAUCGCUGAACAACUGCUGCUGCAGCUGGCUGCAUUCAGCUGCCCGAGUCGAAAAGAUCAAAGAUUUCAGCCAGAUGACGCUUUUGAGUGCUGCCCUGUAUGCAGUCACCUGGUUUUCUCGCAAUGGCUACCUAGGAACUACCAGUUUCCAGCCCUUCCUGCGCAGCAUCCUUCCGAAAUUCGUGCAGUCCAGCGGCUUCAUAGCAAGCGUUCAUGACCUGGACAAGGGAUCCGUAAUGCUGCGACGCCCUGUUGAUCGGCGCCACGUGCAUGCGGCGUUGCCCAAUGUGGGCGCAGUGCUGAUGCACGACUACGGUCCGCAGUUGAUUGUCAGUGAGACGUAUCCGGUGCACCUGUUGAGUAACCUCUGGGCCCUGCUCGCCGUUUCGCUGGAGAUGGGCGAGAAGUCAUUGUUUGCGGCGCUUAUGCAACCGCCGGUGCUGGAGCCGCUGGCCAAGUAUCUGCGCCAGUUGAGUUCCCAACUGAACCGCGUCCUGGCCACCAAUUUCUUUGCCCGCAGCGAGCUGAGGUUCAUCCACCAGCUCCUGACCACGGACGGAAUGGAGACCUACUUGGAGCGCCAGCAGUUGCUGCAGUUGGUCUACAACUACCUAUGCUGCCUGUCCACCGCCCAUGCCACUCAGAUCAAAAGCACAUUUGAGCGCUACAUCUUGAACGGAGAGUUCGUGAAGUUGGACGAAGCUAGUCUUAAGCUGCUGCAACAAACAUGCCUGGAAAUGGUCUAUCCACACAUAAUUGCUGACAACUCGGAGCCGUCACUAUCCUUGAGUUAUACCCAAGCACCCAUCCUGCCUGCCGACUGGCCUUUUUUCCAGCUGCGGCUUAUCCUCAGCAAUUACUUGCAAAAUGUUCACCAGCGGCCAGCGGCAAUAUGCUCAGAAAACCAGAUGGUCCGCAUGACGUUGACUUUCGUGCGGCAACUGGAGCAAGAGGGCUUGCAGAUUGUAAGCCCGCUGGAGAAGCUAAUGUAUCUGAUGAUUGCCUUCAUGGGUCCCGACUCACAGUUUCUGGCUCCGGAUUUGCAUGAGCUGCUCCGGGACUGCCUGAUGGAUUUCUACAAGCAGAACGCCUCGCAUGACUUUGACUUUGAUGCGGAGCUGGUAGAUAAGGCCAGGUUCGAGCCGCUCUACUAUCUCUUUGUGGAACACUUCGAGGCAGCCAGCUAUGGCGAUGAGCUGUUCAGUUCGCUGGUGCUGUUGCCAUUGGCCCAAAAGUACGAUAACAAGUGGCGAAGGCGUCUGUGGUCUGAGCAUGUGCAGGCAGUGCGGUUUAUAAACUGCGAUGAGAGUUUGUUGAUGGGCGGCUUGUCUGCCUAUUUGGAGCCCGUGGAAGAGGAGCCUUCAAUGGUGCAGCUCUACGGGGAUGCUUUGCAGCAGAAGCUGGUUCGUCCAGGCAGCAUUGCCUAUCGGAUAGCACAGCACCACUUCAACAACUCGAAGGCAGUGCAUAAAGCCAAAUUGUUUUGAUUAUCUGAACAUUAAUUGCUGAUAUUCGUAGGAGCUCUUCAGGGAAUGUGAUGAAACUGCGAUAAAGCUAUUUAAUUUUGGAA